AUGGGGCUGGAGGACAGGGCCAAGUGCUGGUGCUGGGGCCCAGAGCCAAGCUGCUGGGCAGCUGGCAGCGGUCCCACACAGGGGCGCGGUGGACCCCUCUCUCUGUGUGGCCACACUGUGGGCCAGGACACCAGCGGUGCCCUGUCCGGGGGUGGGGGGCAGGACCACAUAGAUGGGCAGAUCCUGGGCCAGCCGCGCCCCCUCUCAGGGCAGGAGGAAGAGGAGGAGGGGGCCAGGGCUACCCCAGCGGCAAGACCGGCCUUCCCCGGGAUGGGCUCUGAGGAGCUGCGGCUGGCCUCCUUCUGUGAAUGGCCACUGACCGCCAUGGUGAGGCCUGAGUGGCUGGCCGCUGCAGGCUUCUUCUACACUGGCCAGCAAGACAAAGUGAGGUGCUUCUUCUGCUGCGGGGGUCUGCAGAGCUGGGAGCAAGGGGAUGACCCCUGGACAGAGCACGCCGAGUGGUUCCCCAGGUGUGAGUUCCUGCUCCAGACGAGGGGACGGGACUUUGUCUGCAGCGUGGAGGAGGCCCGUUGCCACCCGCUCGGCUCCUGGCCUCGGAUGUUCUCUGACUCCUUUCAGGACCGACUGGAAGAGCCAGAAGACGGGCCCCUGCCAUCCCCUCAGGGGGCUGCGUGCGGGGGCACUGUGUCUGGGGCUGCAGGGGAGAGGAAGCAGUCCCCUGCUACCACUGAGCAACCCACCGUGAGCAUCGCCAACCCCAGGGCCGGCACUGGGAGCGUGGAGAGGAGAUGCAGGUGUACCAGGUGCCGGGGACAGCCAGGAGCGGUCCGCACGGUGCGGGGGCCAGCAGUGCAGGCCGCGCUGGGCACGGGCUUUGGGCCGGGCUGCAUGAGGAACCUGCUGCAGUGGAAGUAUGGCUGGGCAGGGCCGGCUGACCUCUCCGCAUCCUGGCUGGUGGCAGACCUGCUCCAGAAAGACGAUGGGGCCAGGGGGCCGGGGACCAAAGCUCCUGUCCACACUGGUCCCGAGCUGCCCACGCCCAGAAGAGAAGCCCAGUCAGAGGGUGCCAGGGAGCCAGGAGCCGGGGAUGUGGGAGAGGAGCUGCGGCGCCUACAGGAGGAGAGAACCUGCAAAGUCUGCCUGGACCGUGCCGUGGGCACUGUCUUCGUGCCCUGCGGCCGGGUCUGUGCCGAAUGUGCACCCGCCCUGCAGCUGUGCCCCGUCUGCAGGGCCCCCAUCCGCAGCUGCGUGCGCACCUUCCUGUCCUAG